CACUGCAUGACCAAAAAAUCAAGCGUUUGAUAUGAACUUUGAUCAAAGUGUAUUCAAUUGAUUUAAUGUAUACAAUUUGGAUGUCAGUCUGUCAGAUUGUGGAAAGAACAUGCGUUUUAUGAAUAAUUUCAACAUUCUUAUUGUGUCUUAUUCUAACUGAAUCAACAGGUCACCACAUACUGUAAUCGUCAAUUUUGAUAAAAAAAUUGUCUGCUUACUGAAAUCUUUCAAAGCGUUUGGAGACUGGAAUACUGAGUGAUGGAGGCGUCUGCAUAUUUAGAAAAUAUCUGCAACUUUCUUAGCAUGACUGUAGUUGCAUUGUGUAUCAUAAUGAAAGUGCCACAAAUUUGGUCGGCAUUUAAAUCUGGAAAUACGAAAGGAAUCAGCCUUGGAAGUGUUAUGCUUGAACAGAGUGGGUACUCUAUUCUUCUGUCAUACAGUUAUGCAAUGGAGUAUCCUAUUGGAACCUAUUUGGAAACUGCAUUUCUCCUCUUACAAAAUUUCUUGUUACUGGGGCUAAUAAUACACACUAGAGACAUGUUAUCACCAAAAGUGUUCAUACUCUUCGUUUUAUAUAUGGUAGUUUACUUGUCAAUAGCUUACAGACUGGUUCCAGACUUCAUAUUAAAAUCUGUUAUUAGUUUAAAUAUGCCUCUUGGUGUGUCCAGCAAGUUAACACAGAUUGUCGCACUAUACAAGAGUAAAGAUCCAGGCCGUCUCAGUGCAGUCACAUGGAGUAUAGCUGGUUAUGGUUGCUAUGUACGAAUAUUAACAAGCUUCGUACAGACCGGAGAUAUAUUCAUCAUACUGAGUUUUACGUGUGGAGCUACAUUAAAUACAACAAUAGUUUUCAUGAUAUUGUAUUAUACUCAUAUCAAAAGUAAAAAGUUAUAUUGAUGAUCUUAAUAAAUAUGUUAAAGUA